GGUUUACACAAUAAAGAUACAACCAAAUCAAGAAGGAAAAGGAGAACAUGAAUUGUCUGUUCAUGUUCAAGUCGAAGAAACCUAAAUCAAGAAGAGAUCUCAAGAAAGAAAACAAAGACAAAAGAGGAAGAGAACUAUUACAAAAGUCAGCUCCAGAAUUAUCAACAACAAGAAAGAACCAAACGUCGUCCACUUCGUUAAUUCUCCCAACACCAAGAUCUCUGCCGUCUCCAACAAGUAUAAGAGACUUGUACACAGAAAGGCAGCAAAAUCGAAACCUGAGGGUUUUCUCUUACAAGGAACUCAGUGAAGCCACGUGUGGGUUUGACAGAAAGUUUCAGAUAGGGGAAGGUGGGUUUGGUAAUGUUUAUAAAGCCACCAUUAACAAUCCCACCAAUGGAGAUUCUCAUUUUAUUCCACAUACCGUCGCCGUCAAGAGACUCAAAAAACAAAGUCAACAGGGGCACAAGCAAUGGCUUGCUGAGGUUCAGUUAUUAGGCGUUGUUAAUCACCCAAACGUAGUGAAGCUCUUAGGAUAUUGCUCAGAGGACACAGAGAGGCUUUUGGUUUAUGAGUUGAUGUCUAAUCUAAGCUUAGAGGAUCAUCUCUUCACUCGAAGAACCCCAACUUUGCCGUGGAAACAAAGGCUUGAGAUCAUGCUAGGUGCAGCUCAAGGAUUGGCUUAUUUACAUGAAAUCCAGGUAAUAUACAGAGACUUUAAAUCAUCAAAUGUGCUUUUGGACGAUGAUUUUAAUCCGAAAUUAUCGGAUUUUGGUCUGGCUAGAGAAGGUCCCGAAGGAGACAAUACUCAUGUUACAACCGCAAGAGUCGGAACCGAAGGCUAUGCGGCUCCGGAGUACGUAGAAACCGGACAUCUCAGGAAACACAGCGAUGUAUAUAGCUUUGGGGUUGUUCUUUACGAGAUCAUCACUGGUCGUCGAACAUUCGAGCGAAUGAAACCUUCGGCUGAAAAGAUUCUUCUAGACUGGGUCAAACUAUAUCCAGUUAAUAGCAAAAGCUUUAGAAUGAUCGUUGACUCGAAGCUGCAAAGCAAGUAUCCAGUUGCUAUGGUCACGAGAGUGGCUAAACUGGCUGAUCUUUGUCUGAAGAAGAACGACACAGAGAGGCCCACCAUGGCUUUUGUCGUUGAAAGUCUUAGUAAGAUCAUUGAAGAAUCAAAUACCGGAGAUAUGAAAAGUUCUAUUAGAGAAUCUACCAGAGGGGUUAUGAGAGCAUAGAGGAUUAUCUUUCUUUAGAGUAGUGGAGAAUAAUUAUGGUUUCUUUGCCUUAUUUUCAAAACAAAAUGAUGUGGUUAAUGUGCAUAAAUAUGAAGGGUGAGAGAAGUCCAAGUAGUACUGUAGUAAUGCUAAGCCAACUAUAAGUUAUAACAAAAGAGUUUCGUUAACAAA